GAUGUUUUAUUUUAAUUGCUUGAGGAUGCCCUUUUGCCCUCAUCUCUCAUAUAUUCUCUAACACAUCCUGCCAUUUUACUAAAAAUCAGUUUUGCUUUUUGGCCCUCUAACCCCUACCACUUUGUAGAUUCCAGACCCCCCACUUUAUGAAAACUUGGAAGCCGUUUAAUAUGCACCCUUUCCUCCCCCACCCUAACACACAGUUUCCUGUCUGUCUUUCUGUAUUUCCACCCAUCCUCUAAUUUCAGUAGGAAGGGUUCCUCCCUUUUUGUUGUCUGUUAUUACUGUCUCCUCUCACUGCUUCUGGAACCUUUUUUCGUUGUUACCCUUUUUCUUUCAUAUCCUCUGUCUCUCCCAACCCCUGUGUUCUUCCCCUCAUAUGUGUUAUUGUCUAUCCAUCUCAAAUAUUUUCUCCGUUCUCUUCAUCAUAUUCCCAUCCCUUUUUUCACAUCUUUAUCCCCAAACCUCGAGUCAUUUUCAUUUUGUCUGUUUCCUUAUCACCUUCAAUAGACCACUUACAUUACUCCUGCAAUCUAAUUUUUAUCCUGAACACACUAGUCAAGCUGCAUUCUUCAAAGUUAUUCGUCUAAGGCAUUCUUCUGUGUUCUCUCCCCUCUGCAGCACUGUGAUACUGUCCCCACCAGAUUCUUUAAUUCUCUUCUCUUGAUUUCUCUAACAACUGGUACUUGGUGAUUUUCUUACCUCUCUGGCUCUUACUGUCCUCCAAUAUAGAUGGUCACUUGGAUGCCAUGUGGCCUACUUCUUUAAAUCUUUAGUAGAUCUCCUGUACUUUAGUAAUUUUAUAUCACCUCUUUGCAGAUUUAUCCAAAAUGGCUUUCUCUAAUCUUGAUGUCUUUGGUUUUCCAGUCUUACUGUUUCCAACUAUCUGCGUAUGUUUCUGUUUAAGUGUCCUGAUAGCAUUUUAGAAUCACAAAGAGCUAAUAACCUUCACCCUGAGCUUGCUGCUUUUAUUCUCAACUCUUGGUAAAUAGUUUUAUGAUGUCUCAUAAAAUUCCUCCAUCUUUAUCUCGCAUCCCACCCUCUCACAUAUACCCACUUAUACAAACUCAGUUAACAGAUUCCAUCACUUUAUGUUUUCUUGUUCCCUGUGAAGUCAAAUCCAAAUGCAGCCUGUCCCCAGUACUUUUCUGACUUUAUCUACUGUCCUUUCCCUUCACAGCCUCAGCUUUUAGCUAAACAUGGAUGUAUGGCCCUUUUUUUCCUCCUCUUUAGUUUACAGAUUUCCUUCUCCCCCCAGCCUCCUUUCUAUCACUCUUCCCGUGCCCUAAAAUGAUCUACCUUUCAAGGUCCAACUCUGAUACCUCCUUCAGAAGUACAGCUUCUCUCUCUGUAGUCUCAUAUAAUUAAGAUUUGCUUUCUGUGGUACUUAUUUAUAGUCCAAGGAAGAGUAUAAAUUCCUUCAGGGCAGAGUCACUGUGUUUUUCCUCUGUUCUGCAUCUAGAAGGUACUUUAGGCAUGGAAUGAAAGAAAUUUUGCUGGGUGUGUUAGUAACUGGCUUAUUCUCAUUAUUCAGUGUCAGCUCAAAGUCACCUCUUCAGAGAGGCUUUCCCUUGCCACCCUUCCUUCUGUAACCACUUCUCUCCCUUCAUCAUACUGCCUUGCUAGUUUGUUAAUUAUUCCAUUGUCCUAAUCACAAUAGGUUAUUUUCUUGUUUAUUUGUCCUCCUCCACCAUGAAUAUAAAUUCAUAACGUUGGUGACUUUCUAAGUCUCAUUCUCUACUGUAUGUUUAGACCCCAGAACAGCACAUGCCCUCUCAGUAAACAUUGAAUUUCUGCUCUAGCUUAUUAUUAGAGUCUUCAUUUUAAAUGCCUGAAGCAUUGUGUUUUUAUUUAAAGCCUUCCCCCUGGUUACAAACAAAAUGUGAGAUAGAAGCUCGUCUUUUGAGGACAAAAUAAUUCUAUAAAUAAGAUCAUAAGAAUCAUCUAGACUGUAUUUGUCAAUUUACAGAUAUAAAAACUGACAUGACACUGAAAUGGUUUAAGUGUCAAACAUAAGGGUCUUUGGCUAGGCACCGUGGCUCACACCUGUAAUCCCAGCACUUUGAGAAGCUGACGUGGACGGAUCAUCUGAAGUCAGGAGUUUGAGACCAGCCUGGCCAACAUGGUGAUACCCUGUCUCUACUAAAAAUACAACAAUUAGCCAGGCAUGAUGGUGAACUCCUGUAGCCCCAGCUACGAAGGAGCUGAGGCAGGAGGAUCGCUUGAACCUGGGAGGCAGAGGUUGUAGUAAGCCGAGAUUGUGCCACUGUACUCCAGCCUGGGUGACAGAGUGAGACUCUGUCUCAAAAAAAAAAAAAACAAAAAAAGACAAAGGGUCUAGAGCCAGCUGAGUCAGGCUUCCUGAUGCCGUGCCCUGUCCUUUUCCCACUUUGCCACACUGCUCUGAUUCUUUUCAUCACUGAUGUUAUCUAAAUCCGUGCUGCUGUGCUGCUUUCUUCAGUUUUCCAGUGAACUUGAACUUCACCUUAAAUGCAUUGGCAGAGGAAAUGAAAAGCACUUGGUUCUGCUUCGAGAUGGAAGGACACUUAUAGGCUUUUUAAGAAGCAUUGAUCAAUUUGCAAACUUAGUACUACAUCAGACUGUGGAGCGUAUUCAUGUGGGCAAAAAAUACGGUGAUAUUCCUCGAGGGAUUUUUGUGGUCAGAGGAGAAAAUGUGGUCCUACUAGGAGAAAUAGACUUGGAAAAGGAGAGUGACACCCCCCUCCAGCAAGUAUCCAUUGAAGAAAUUCUAGAAGAGCAAAGGGUGGAGCAGCAGACCAAGCUGGAAGCAGAGAAGUUGAAAGUGCAGGCCCUGAAGGACCGAGGUCUUUCCAUUCCUCGAGCAGAUACUCUUGAUGAGUACUAAGUGUUUUGCCCAGAGCCUGUUGCUCUUGUAGAGUAGGAACUGUCACUGAGUGAAAGUGACAACCUGGCCAACACACACAUUUGAUCAGAGACUAUAGAGUUUUGAAAAGUCACUUUUAUUUUUAAGUCUUUUACACAUGCAACAUGAAGAAAUCGUGUAGGUGGGUUUUUUGUUUUUUUUUUUUAGUAACAAAAUCAUUGUUUAAAGAAACAGUGGCAUAGACUCCUUCACACGUCACUGUGGCGCCAGCAACUACUUCUUACUAUUAUUCUUCGUAUCCCAAAUUAGAGUUUACAGGGACGGUCUUCAUUUACUUGUAAAUAAAAUAUGAAUCUCAAAAGUGUCA